GCUUCCGCCCCGGCGCCGCAGCGACGCCGGCUCGGCCUCGCUGCUCCCCUUGGCCGGCUGUUCUCUGCCGGCGCGGCGUGGUCAUGGCGGACUUCGACGAGAUCUACGAGGAGGAGGAGGACGAGGAGCGCGCGCUCGAGGAGCAGCUGCUCAAGUACUCGCCCGACCCCGUGGUGGUGCGCGGCUCCGGCCAUGUCACCGUGUUUGGACUGAGCAAUAGAUUUGAAUCUGAAUUCCCUUCAUCAUUAACUGGAAAGGUUGCACCAGAGGAAUUUAAAGCCAGCAUCAGCAGAGUUAACAGUUGUCUUAAGAAGAACCUUCCUGUUAAUGUCCGAUGGCUACUUUGUGGCUGCCUUUGUUGCUGCUGUACCUUAGGUUGUAGUAUGUGGCCAGUUAUUUGCCUCAGUAAAAGAACACGAAGAUCGAUUGAGAAGUUAUUAGAAUGGGAAAACAAUAGGUUAUACCACAAGCUGUGCUUGCAUUGGAGACUGAGCAAAAGGAAAUGUGAAACGAAUAACAUGAUGGAAUAUGUCAUCCUUAUAGAAUUUUUACCAAAGACACCAAUUUUUCGACCAGAUUAGCAUUUAUUUAUAGAGACUUACUCAAGUAUGUUGUCUUUUCCAAUGGUGCCUUGCUUGGUGCUCUCCUGGUGGUGACAUAGCAUUGGUUCUACAGAAUCUUGUGGUGUUUUUGUUCUUCAUUUUGUUUUUUAAUAACAGCAUGUUCUAAGUGCAUUUUGUCAAACUUUGCAAAAGUCAUUUCAUGCAAAUGUUAAAUACUACUUAAGUUA